UCGCAGAAAAUUGAAAGUACAGAUAUUAUGUAAUACAUCGAAUAUUAUUAUCGUUUUACAUGCAUUAAUUUCUAAAAAGCUAAACGACCAGUGCCAUGUGUACAUAUUUAUUACGAAAAACACAUCCAUUUAAAAUUAUACCUUCAAGCAAAUCAAGACUUGAGAAAAGAUUUCCUUGCUCUUUUCCAAUUAUUUUAUUAAGAGUUUUGUGAAAACUUCCUACAAAAUCCUUAAAUUCUUAACGGGGUUGAAAGUGAAACUUCGACAUGGACAACGGGGAUUUUCGACACGAAUUUAACCAAUUAGAGCAUGAAAUUGACGGCUUGGACUUCCAAAUGAAAAAUUGGAAUACAAAUCAGCGAAGGCUUAAUUGGACGGGACGAAUUACUGAUGCCAACGAUUUAACGGGUUUUGAGGCCUUUGCGGUUGUCGCGCGAAAUAUCGAGACCAGAUUACGACACACAGUGCAAAUUUUGAAGAACAUGAUGCAGUUACACACGCAAGAUGAAGAAGGAAUUACGCCAUUUCAAAGGGCAAUUCACGCAACGCAAAAAUUGAUCCAUACUUCUCUCAUAUUUACCAAUCAACCCAACAAAUAUCUAAGUUCGGCUGGCACCGCAGAAAAGACAAUUCGUAUCAAAUCGCUCUUAUUUCACUACCGAUUUGGUUCCGUUUCUCCCAACGGAAGCGGAACUCAGGUGGUGCGGUGUUGCAUCAUAGACGAACCGAUCGCCGAAAUGGUGGCAACUUCAUCCACCGGUGACAUUACUGAAGAACAAGUUGCCUUCAAAUUCAAUAAUGUCGUGUCGGAAACUCAGGAUUUUAAUAAUAACCAGUAUGAAAUUGUGUUUCGGGAAUUUGCUGAAAUGACAAGAUUCCACGCGGCUGGAGUUAGAAGGGGACAAAUCAAGUCGUGCGUAUAUAUCAGUGGUUUCUUGUUUGAUGAAGGACUCGAGGAAUGGAUCCAGUUUCAUCGACUCUCAAAUCCAUUCAUCCUAACGACGAAUGUCUCACUAUAUCACGACGCGUGGUCCACCCUGCUUUGGGACGUCAACUUUGCCCCGUUACACCGAACACCGUUCGCCGUUCCCGCCGAAGUAUCUUGGCUACACUUUAUUGAAGCGAUAGAUAACGACUUUAGCAACGCAGGGAGAAGGUUAAGUGAUCAAAAUAAGGAGUAUUUGAAGACCAAAUUGGCAACUAGGAGCACGGAUGGACAGGAUGUUGUCACUCGAGACCGAUUUUGCAAUGAAACUCCUCUAAAAUUCGUAAUUUCUGGGGAAAGGAAGGAUGUCACUUUGGCAAAUUGGCUGUUUAAUAUUUUAAAGUUGCUGAUGAAUCCACCACCCGUCAUUCUAAGGGAAUGGAUAGAAAAUAAGGUUACCGGAUUUAUCAGCACUUCCGAACUCGAGGCUGCCCUUACUGCCAGUGCCGUGGGUACAUUUAUGAUUCGCUUCUCGGAAAACGUUAAGGGCGCGGUCACCAUGCAGUUUAAAGUUCAAAGACAAGAUAAUAGCGUGGGCUUGGCGAAGUUUGGUCCUUUCACGGAAGCCAUGCUACGAAGCCAUAACUCUUCAUUGGGAUACAUAAUUCGUACAUGUCCACAGUUAAGGAUCCUGUAUCCAGACAUACGAGUUGAAGAAGCCUUUCCCAUUGGACAAGACCAACUAGGGGAGGACGAUAAAAUUUUGGUGGCUCUUGGAUAUAAGCGAAACCAGUUCAACUUUGAUUAGUGUUGACCAAAUACAAUUGGAUUUACGACAAUAGAGCCGGAUCUUUAAAAUGCAACAAUAGAUUAAGAAAAUGUAGUUAAAUCUGCAUGUAUGUAUUUGUGUUAAAUCAGUCAUAUGCAAAAGCAUAUGACUGAUUUGCAUUGCAAAUAUGAAAUAUGUACAUAGGAAAUCUACAAAAAAUGUCAUUGUUUUAUCAGUGAUUUCUUUUGUGGAAGUAAAUUAAGAGUAGUAAAGAAUGAAAUGUACAAAGAUCCGAAUACUUCAAUAUUUAAAUGUGACAAUAAAUAAUAUGCAAAUUGA